AUGUUAAAGAGAGUUUCUUAUACUCUUAUUAAUUAUUGUCGUUGUUUUAACAUCUAUAAGAAACCGUCAUCACUUGCUGUUGCUGGAUCAAGAUUGUUUAGCUCUUCUAGGAAUCAAUUUAAUCAUACGAUGAGUGCUAAUAGUAUUAUGGAUCAAUUAUCAAAACUAUCCAUUAAAGAACCAAUGGUAAUGGAAGAUUCCUUCCCAAACGUCAAUGUUGUCGAUUUAAUGAGAAAUUACAUUACUCAAGAAUUGAGUAAGAUUUCUGGUGUCGACGAAAAAUUGAUCUUUCCUGCUUUAGAAUGGACUAAUACUAUGGAAAGAGGUGAUUUGUUAAUCCCUAUUCCAAGAUUAAGAAUCAAAGGUGCUAAUCCUAAGGAUUUAGCUGAAGAAUGGUCUUCAAAGUUCCCUUGUGGUGAUUUCUUGGAAAAAGUUGAAGCUAAUGGUCCAUUCAUUCAAUUUUUCUUCAAGCCUGAUUUCUUAUUCAGAGUUGUCGUACCAGACAUUUUAACUAGAAAGGAAGAAUAUGGUUCUUGCAAAUUGGUUGAAAACAAGAGAGUUAUUCUUGAAUUCUCCUCUCCAAACAUCGCCAAACCUUUCCAUGCCGGUCAUUUGAGAUCAACUAUCAUCGGUGGUUUCAUCGCUAACUUAUAUGAAAAAUUAGGUUGGGAAGUUAUUAGAAUGAACUAUCUAGGUGACUGGGGUAAGCAAUUUGGUUUGCUAGCUGUUGGUUUCGAAAGAUACGGUAGUGAAGAUGCUCUAGCUAAGGACCCAAUUCACCAUUUGUUCGAAGUUUACGUUAAAAUCAACAAAGAUAUCGAAGAAGAAGGUGACAGUUUACCAUUAGAAGAAUCCACUAAUGGUAAGGCUCGUGAAUAUUUCAAGAGAAUGGAAGACGGUGAUGAAGAAGCUUUGAAGAUCUGGAAAAGAUUCCGUGAAUUAUCUAUUGAAAAGUAUAUCGAUACCUAUGCCCGUUUGAAUAUUAAAUACGAUGUUUACUCUGGUGAAUCUCAAGUUUCAAAAGAUUCUAUGAACAAAGCUAUUGAAAUUUUCAACGAAAAGGGUUUAACCCAUGAAGAUAAAGGUGCCGUCUUGAUUGAUUUAACAAAAUUCAACAAGAAAUUGGGUAAGACUAUCGUCCAAAAAUCCGAUGGUACUACUUUGUACUUGACCAGAGAUGUCGGUGCUGCUAUGGACCGUUACGAAAAAUAUAAAUUCGACAAGAUGAUCUAUGUUAUCGCUUCUCAACAAGAUUUGCAUACUGCUCAAUUUUUCGAAAUCUUAAAACAAAUGGGUUUCGAUUGGGCUGACAGAUUACAACAUAUUAACUUCGGUAUGGUUCAAGGUAUGUCCACUAGAAAGGGUACUGUUGUUUUCCUAGAUAACAUUUUAGAAGAAACUAAAGAAAAGAUGCAUGAUGUCAUGAAGAAGAAUGAAGCUAAGUACGCUCAAAUUGAAAAGCCAGAAGAAGUUGCUGAUUUGGUUGGUAUUUCCGCUGUUAUGAUCCAAGAUAUGCAAUCUAAGCGUAUCAACAACUAUGAAUUCAAAUGGGAAAGAAUGUUAUCCUUUGAAGGUGACACUGGUCCAUACUUGCAAUACGCUCACUCUAGAUUGAGAUCCGUCGAAAGAAACGCUUCUGAAAUCACUCCAGAUAAAUUGCUGGAUGCUGACUUCUCUCUAUUGGAGGAACCAGCUGCUAUUUUAUUGAUCAGAUUAUUGGCUCAAUACCCAGAUGUCUUGAGAAACUCUAUCAAGACACAUGAACCAGCUACUGUUGUUACUUACUUAUUUAAGUUGACUCACCAAGUCUCUUCAUGUUACGAUGUCCUAUGGGUUGCUGGUCAAACUGAAGAAUUGGCUACUGCACGUUUGGCAUUGUAUGCUGCUGCCAGACAAGUCUUAUAUAAUGGUAUGUGCUUGUUGGGUUUGACUCCAGUUGAAAGAAUGUAA